UUACGUGUAUGCGCCAUGCCAUUAAUUUAAUAUCGACUAUCUUGACUCUGUGUGUGUUGAAACUUUCAAUCGUAAUCCUUGAGCAGCUUGUUUUUGCUUUUGCUUUUGCGGUAAAAGUUAAGUAAAAAGUCAAGAAAAUGUCGACACUAUCUGACUAUUUAAUACGAUUGCUGCAUCGCACAAAAUCGGUCUUCUUGGAGUUAUUCGGACAACGUAAACGUUCCGGGGCAGAAGGCAUCGAAAUCGAGGCCAUCGAAUUGGAGCAAGUGAGGGCCGCAGACGUCGAGUCGAGUUCACAGUUGAAUAUUGAUAUGGAGAAGGAGAAGGAGAUGGAGCUGGAGAUGCAGCAGCUGCAUGAGAAGCAGCAACCACAACUGAACGAGGACGCUGAUGAUGAUGAUGAUGACGAUGACUCGGACGAUUCAUCAAACGAGGUUGAAUACUAUAGCUUUGAUCCCAUAGUACGAGAGUUGUAGUUCAAUAUGCUGAAGGUGCCGCGUAUGCCAGUUGGCCACGAUUGCAAUUGAUUUGCGCAACACAUGUAACUCGAGUGUUUCGGUUUAUUUUGCUGGCCAAUACAUUUUACGUUUAUUGGCCAAGC